AUGGCAGGUCCCCCUUUAGAGUCUUAUGCCCUAGUGCUCCUGAAGGUGAUGGGAAAGCGAAACAACGUGGAACAUCCACUGCUGGGAUUCGCUAGUCGCAACGGAACACAAUCCUCAACUUUCAACGUGCCAGCUCACAAACUCCUGGAAGCCGUUAUCGAGUACUCCCCAUCUUCGGAAACAAUCACUGGAGAAUUUUCAGUGGAGCUCCGGAAGUGCGGAAUCUUGGCUGUGAAGGGAUUCGUCGAUGCCUUGGACAACGAUCGCUCUGUCAAUUUGGAUGACUGGGCAGCUAUUGUACAUCAAGAACUUGAACAGAAUAACAGUAAUACCACGUAUCUCACAGAACUUGCAAGUUACUACUUGACUCAUCUUAUUAUCGCAUUCAGAAAUCCGGGUGGAAAAAAGACCCCUCAAUAUUCCAUACUUCCUACACCCAACCCUAGGCAUAUAGAAGAUAUUGCAUCGUUGUUAGAGUCAGCCACAGUUCGUCGAAGUCAAUCGGCUUUGAGAGACCUUGUCUUUCUUCGUGACAGGACUUGUUGCCCUCUUACCCGUUAUGCUUUUCUUGGUGAUGAUAGGGUUGUAGUACCCCACUGCGCACACAUCAUCCCAUUUUCCAUCCAUUCCAAGACUUAUGCGCAUGCUGCGAUUGAGACCUUCACCAGCCAGAUGUUGAACGCAAAGCUCGUUCAGCAACUCAUAAACCAUCCUGCUAAUGCCAUAAAUAUCCAAACUGAUGCCCACGAUUCAAUGGAUCAGAAACUAGCCUGGGGGAUCGAGGCCAGAUUAGUCGAUCAUAAAGAAGUAGCAGCUACCAUUUACCUUCGUGAUGGGGAUGAAAUGGAAUUUGGGCAGGGAAUUGCCUCAGGUGCCACGGAAGUGUUUGAUAAAUAUCUGGAGGAUGAUGAUGACGAUUACAUGACCCAAGUUCCUGUCUACUUUGGGGGUCCAUUCGUUGAUGAUGACAUACUCAUGCAUAAGCUUGAGGUGCUAGCUACCUGA